AUGGGCAUUCGCUUGCCUGCUGCUCUUUGUGGCGGGCAGGUUGGGGACCCCGAUUGCAAGUGUGCCCACGCGUCUCUGCGCUCUGCUCGGCAGGACCUUUCAGGACCCGCGCUUCCUGUAUCUCGCAACCUGGCUGGGCAUCGCCUGCAGCCUCGUGUACCUGGGAUCAGGCAACCUGUGGGCAGCGGCGCUGGUUCACUGGAUACCCGUCUGCGUCUGGCUGAUCUUCCUUGGAGGAGAUGCCAGGCAAGAUGCAAUACGAUGCAUGUGCCGCAGCCACAUGCAGACACGUCCAUGUGCCUCGGACCUCUGCGCACCACAUCUCUGCGCUAUUGCCGUGAGGCUUCGCGGAGUGGGUGA